AUCUCAACCAAAGUCGUUAAUUUUCGCGCUUUGUGAUUGUGCUAAAUGGUUUGCUUUGUGACCUGAACUCAAAGCGAAGCGAUCGAAAUCAAAAAAACAUACGUAUGUGCAUUGUAUAGCCAGUCAGUUGAGCAGGAGAACCACCGAGUGACGGCGGCGAUCUGAUUAACCAUGAAUAAGCUGCGUUCGCUUUUGCCGGGUGGCGGCCAACAAUCGCCAUCUAACGCACUCUCGUCACGUCAUUCAGUUGCUCUCGAGCCAGAGAUUGGUUUCCAGAUCACUAUCGAAACCCAAAAGCAUCGGGAUAGUGAACCAAAUUUGGCCAAUAUGGCCAAGAAUGGUUUGGGACCGGUGCCCGAACUGAAUGUUCAUUUAAUUGCCGCUAGGCAUCUUCCCUCGCUAUUUGGUUUUAAGAUAGUUCAGGGCUAUUUGAUAAAGGUCAAAUUAUUUCCUGGCACAAAGCGUAUGGAUAGCACUAUACAAACCAAUACUUGGCCAAAGUUUAAUGAAAAUUUCAAAUUUCCUCUAGUGCCAGAUAUUAAACCCUCUUUGAAACAUGGUUCUGCCUUUACGUCGCGACGCUCUAAUCACAAUCAAGUGAAUGGAGAAAUUCCCACACCCGAAGAUAUAUUUGCUGGUCAAUUUGUGGUCUUUACGGUCUAUGCUCUGUUGGAGUUACCUGCUGCGAACUUUAGCCGUUUCAACAAGACUUAUCGUUCGCUGAAAGAUAAAAGCUCAAAUUUUGUGCAACGUCUGGUGGAGAGUUCACCCGGAACGACUGGUACUGAUGAGACGACAGCGGCAGCAUCAGCUGCAAAUGGCAACACACCCAAAGAUAAAGGUGGCAAAUCGUCAAAGAAGUCCACAGAUAAUCCCCGAGAUGCUAUGCCACCAUUAACAAUUAGUGAAUCACGUAGAAAUAUAGGCUCCGUCACUUGCUACCUUGAACCCAAGCUCUUUAAACGAAAUACACGAAAUGGUUCCUAUGCCACAGAGGAGCUAUGGCUGCCCAUUAAAGAUAUAACGACAACGGUGUCCAAGUCUUCGCCUAGUAAUAACAAUAACAAUUUGACAAAUUCGCCAAAAGGUGUGGUCGAACUGGCGCUGGAAGUGCGUGAUCUUAGCGCCAAUGAAACUGACAGAGAAGCGACAGAGGAUUCUUUGCCAUCGUCGGGGGCUUCGGUGUCAGUAAAUACUCCUGCUACUUCUCCUGCCCCCGCUGCUAUUGCCACUCCUGUUUCGCCACCCACCACAAGUGUCAACAAUUGGCAACGUAUGACCGCCGAGGUGAAAAGAAAAAUGGGCAUCAGCAAUGUUGGCGGCGGUUCUGGCUAUGGCAAUGGUGAGGGAAAACUCGUCUUACGUGUGACCACGGCACGCAUGCGCUGCUCGAACAAGGUCAAGGAUGAGCUGGAGGCCACAGCAAGUGCGGGUGUCUAUGUAAAGACGACAGCCUUCGAGCAUGGCAUAUACAUAGAUGCCUGGAAAUCGCCCAUAUUCUUUCCAUCACUAUCCACAAAAUGGGAUGUCGGUGGCGAUAGUCAUGAUGCGGCCACAAUAAAUAUACCGCUGCAAAGUCUCAGUCAAUUGGAGAAUAUUGUCAUACGCAUCACAUUGGCCACCAAGAAGAUGGGCAAGAAACUUGUCUUGGGCACCGUGUUGGUUGGUGGUCCUCAAGCCCAAGAUACGGGCUCUGUGCAGAUGCGUUUAAUACGCGAAGUGCCGCUAGGUGAACGUGUGGCCACCUGGCAUUCGUACCAUUAGCAAUUGGGUUUUCCCGCCCGCCUCUUCUACAUUUACAUACAUACAUAUAUAUUUUUUGCCAAGAAUGUGUUUUUUUUUUUGUCGUUUAUAGCCUGAAAAUUUUGAGUCAACUAUUUUAUAUACAUAUACCUAUAUACCAUAUACUUAUAUAUGUAUUUAUAUUUUUUUAUAUAUGCAUUUAGUUUGUAGGUAUGGUAGGUAGUUAGGUAGGUAGUUAUACUUUCCUUACUUAACAAUUAAAUUUUAUGCGCCAAAGUA